CUCAAUUAGCUUACCGACAAUAAACAAGUUUGAUAUGGGUCAAUUUGUAUGGUGCUCCUUUGAUUUCUAUUGAAUGAUCACCUUACUUAUCAUUUGUCUCAAGUAUUUGAGCUACAUGAUUGUCUUUCAUAAAUUGACAAAUUGAAGAUGUAGAAUAAGACAUUUAGAAUUUUUCAUGCGGUAGAAACUAGCUCCGAAGCACUUAUCUUAUAUAAUUGAUCAAAGCUUUUUCUUGAAACUCAUUAGCAGGAUGAAUCCUGAAGGUCAAAGAUGAAGGAGAACACCAAAGAACAUAUGUUGCCGAGAAAUAGAGACAAAAAUGAAAGAAUGAACAAAACCUGGAUAGAACUAGAAAAGAAGGUCCAGGACAGAGUGAGUAGGAGAAUACUGGUCGGCAGCCUAUGCUCCAUUGGGAGUAACAGGCGUAAGUCUGUAAUCUGUUUUCAUGGCAAUAGCGAUGACAGUUUGGAAUUUACA